AUGGAGGCUGGGGAGAGGACUGAUGCCAGCCAGCUGCCUCAUGGUGUGCUGGAAACACGUGGCCAUGCCAUUAGCAUCCUGUUGGGUUUCUGGAUGAGUUUCAUCUGUGACACCUACAUAGUCCUCGCUUGGAUCAGCAAGAUAAAAGGCAGCCCUGGUGUUAGUGCCUCCUCUGAUGAGCCACACACCAGAAUCCAGCAGAGCAGAAGGCAAUGCCACGCAGAAGAGGACCAAAGUCAGGUGCCAGAAGCAGGUGACAUCUCCACUCUCAGUUCUUUGGAGGCAGCUAUUUUAAUAGAACCACUUUACUGCAGCUAUUUUGACAUGAGGAUAUUUUGGUAUGGCUCAAAAAUUCAGCCGAUAAAUGUUCAGCUUUUUAAAAAAUAAAUGAUGAGUAAAACAGGCAUCUUGCAGGCCAUCUGUGAGCUUUGCCUCAACCUUGAUCUUCACCCCAUUGUCAAUCUUACCUCCAGGCAUCAAGGGUAUAAGGAUUGGGAACAGAUGAAGGAAAGAACUGGUAGAGGUUCAAAAUGAAAGAAAUAGCAGGUCAGGACCCCAGGAGGGUUGAGGGUCUUUUAAAGUAAAACAAAACAAACAAAC